ACGCUUUUGUAUUUUUGUAAAUAAAUAGACUCUUUAAAAAAUUUCAUUUGUAAGAAAACAGGAAGAUACCAUAACUUCUAAUAAUUUUUGUAUACUACGUACGUUAUGUUUAAUAGGACAAAAUGACAAGUUUUCAUAAAACUUCUUCUUUUCAUACUACUCUCAGAGGGACUAAAUUAAAAAAUAACCUCAUUUACAUAUCUUCAGGAAUACCAUCCUUGGAUUUCAUCAUUGGUGGUGGCUUACCUGCCGGCAGCGUGUUUCUAGUAGAAGAAGACGUGUUGGGUAGUCAUAGCAGAGUACUCACCAAAUACUUCCUUGCCGAAGGUGUUGUCUGUAAACAUGACUUAUAUGUUGCUUCAGCUGAUGAGAGCCCACAGGAUAUUGUUAAGGAGCUACCCCAACCAUGUACAGCACCUAAUGAAGAGAAGUCAAGCCAUGAUAGUGGUGGUGAGAUGAAGAUAGCCUGGAGAUACGAGGGACUUGGCAAAGUGGAGUCAUCAUUUGGAAGCAACACAAACUUUGGACAUCAUUUUGAUUUGAGCAAGCACAUUGAUCAAGACACUCUGCAGAACUGCAAUAUAUCUUAUUGUCAUUUAUUACAAAGUGAGAGUAAUAUUGAUGGAUUUAGAAAUAAUCUGUACCACACAUUGUUAACAAAAAUUAAGACAACUUUGUCUAAGGAAGAGUAUAAAAGCUGUAGUAAAAAUAAAAACAUUCUUCGAAUUAGCAUUCAGUCUCUGGGAUCUCCUGUUUGGAUGGCAAUGGACUGUGACACGCAGACUACUUAUGGGCAAGAUCUUGUCAAGUUUUUGUACUGUCUGAGAAUUCUUGUGCGAGACACUAAUGCAGUGAUUUUUAUAACUAUGCCUUCACAUUUGUUUGAUGAUGACCGUUUGAUAGAUAGAAUAUUGUACACAGUAGACAAUGCUGUAGCUAUUGAAUCAUUCACUGGAUCAAGCAAAGAGACUAACCCAGUGUUCAGUGAAUACCAUGGAUUGUUCCACAUCACAAAAUUGUCUGCUCUUCAUUCGUUGGUGCCAUUCGUGCCCCCCAGUCUUGACCUGGCUUUCAAACUAAGAAGGAAAAAGUUCGUCAUAGAGAAACUACAUUUGCCUCCAGAACUCCAAGAGUCAAGUGAACGUGAACAAGAUGAUAUUACAGCUGUACCAAAAUCUUGUGGCGGAUUCAAAAAGAAGGAUAUCGAUUUUUGAGAAUAAAUUUUGUGAUAUGUAACAUAAUAAAAUAUGUUUUAUAUUUCUGAGGUCA